AUGUCCCGCACGGAGACCGACGCUGAUGCCGAGGUUCGCUCAGCCAUCACCGCUCUCGUCUCCGCAUUGAUCGCCUAUCUCGUCGGCCUGCCCAGCUUUUUUCACCACGCUUCUGCGCGUCGCGUCCACCAUCGUCGCGUCGGCCGUCACUACCGUGGUGGUCUGCUACAAGUUUACUCGACUUCUAAGCAAAGUCAACACGUGCCGAAAAGCUGGAGGCCGAGAUGUUACCGAGCGGAAGACGAGGGAUCCGAGACCGCUGCGCUGUCGCGACGCUGGUGGACCUACGCCGUGCGACGGCUGUUCUGCUGUUGCCUCGAUAAUGCGUCAUCGGCUACAUCAUCAUCAACUACACCCACUUCCUCGACGACCGAUCCUCGAACCAUCGAUGUCCACGUGCUCGAGGAUGUGUACACCGGCCCGGUGGCCGUCGUCACCUCUGACCGACACGGCACUAACGUACCACCCCGGCUCGACGAAGCAUCGGUGCAGCGGCUGAAGACGAUCGCAGUCGAGGAUGCGAAGACGACAGGCCACAAUUUGUUAACGUACAAGAUGCUUGAGGACAGCAACUUCGAGUUGUCUGAUUCCAAGGUCUUACGACGCGAAAUGCGACGCGGGCGGCGUGCUGCACUGCGGCUAAAUCGCAACCUGGCGGUCGCUGGCAAGGUAUUGGAUGCGUUUAAACGUGACUACUCGGAGCCUCAAUCAGCCCUCCUCACCACUCUCGUCAAGGCACAUGAAAAGCUGAUGACUUCGACGCGCGACAAAAUCAACGACGAGAAGGAGGAAGGUCGUUUGGACGAG